AGCCGUUAUAGAAACUCUAGUGUCCGUGCUCGUAUUCACAUUGAUUCACAUGGAGGCGUUGGAUGUGCGAAACGGAGGAGUGAAACUUUAUUUUGUUAUUAAAGUUAUCUGAAGAUUAGAGUAAUAUAAAACAAUACAAAUAUGCCUACAUACGAAAUGCCGUUGUUGCUACGUAUCAUGAAGAAGCCGGAGCUGGUAGCAACUUUGAAGAGAACAGCUCAGACGAUAUUGGGUACCGGUGGUUUUAUCAGAAAAAUUGAAAAUUGUGGAGUAAAACCGCUUCCAUGCAAAACGAGCAUACACGGACAUGUACACCGCGAGGCAAACCACUUUUUUAUAUACUUUGAUGUGCCGCCAAAAGAACUCGGAACUAUCAUGGAUCAGUGCAACAGAGAUAUCGAUAUUGUUAGAUUAAAAAUAUACAAACAGAACAGUCCCGUUAAAAAGGAAUGUACGUUCCACGAAGAGAUGUUACCACCGCCGUAUAGACCUAGUGUGCAGAAGCUGAUGGAAGUAGCAAAGAAGCGGCAACAUAAUAGACGUGCAUUUAAACCCAACAGCGGAUUGGAUUAUUAUCCCUUUAAUAGAUAACUGAACAUACAGAUGUUGUAUUUUUCUUUUAUUGUAGUAUAUCACACAUUCUAUGAGACCUGAAAUAAAGUACUUUAGAAAAG